UCUCGACUCUCGCCGCUCCCCCCCCCCCCCCCCCCCCCCCCCCCCCCCCCCCCCCCCGCCCACGACCUCGCCACCGGCUUCGCCCAAUCGCCGCCUCCUUCUCGACUCUCGCCGCUUCCGCCGGCUCCAUCCCGCCCGCGAGUCGCCAUCGGCUUCCGGUCGCCCCGCUCCCCUCCAUGGCUGGGAGACACACCAUUAUUCUGAUGCAACCAUCCCAAAAUAGGGCUUCUAGGACAUUUAUGGAUUAUAAUUCAAUUAACCAUGCAUUGGAUGGAAUCUGUGGGCUUUAUGAAAGGAAAAUUAGGGAUAUCAACCCUAUGGCCCCCAUAACCUAUGAUAUCAGCGACCUUUAUAACUUCAUUGAUGGCCUAGCUGACAUAAGUGCCCUGGUUUAUGAUCACUCAAUUCAGGCAUUUCUGCCAUAUGAUAGACAGUGGAUAAAGCAAAAGUUGCUCCAGCACCUGAAGAAGCUGGCUCAGCGGUAGCCGCGACUGUUUGGAACGGUGCCUUGUUUCCAACAAGCAAGCAUGCGUGGCUCUGGGUCUAGAGUUCCGACUUCCGAAGGCCACACAACAUCGACAGCUCUAUCAUAUUUCAAUAUGCUUGUCGAUUGCGGGGCAAUGGUGGCGUGUCUAAGAAAUUUCUGCAGAGCAAAGGGCCAUGCGUUGCGACGGGUUCUACCCGCUUCCAGAUAAAUUCAGUGUUACCUACCCCUAUUAGAUGAGGAUCGCUGGAUUAUUUUUCUCGUCUUCCCAGCUAGUGUCGGUUAGUCGGUGAGCCUGAUGGCAACGUUAUGUUCUCUGUUGAUGCUAACGUCUACAUGUCAUCAUUGUUUGAAACAAACCUGUUGAAACGCUGCUCGCUUCAUAAGUGGUAUAAAGUAUUUGUAUACGUCAAAAUAGAGUCAAUAGAAAUAUGUUACAAACGUUUUCAAGAAA